GACUCCUGCGGAUUGUUUUUGGGCUGACGACAAGUUCCUGGAUAGACAGCGCUGAAUGUUUUUAUAGUUCACCCUCUAUCCCUAUCCGAGUAUUUGCAAUAUGCGAUUGGUCAAGAACAAGGUCGAGCACGAUGGCUCCGGCAUGGUCACCCUGUGCCCCGAGGAGCCGGAAGAUAUGUGGCAUGCUUAUAACCUAAUCCGCCCUGGAGAUCUCCUCCGCGCCAGCGCUAUCCGCCGCGUCACAAGCACCCAAGAAACCGGCUCGACAACCUCCGCGCGAGUCCAUUUGUCGCUCGAGAUUCGUGUCAAGAACCUGGACUUUGACCCCCAGAGCUCGCAGUUGCAUGUGGCUGGACAGAUUGUGAACGAAACCCAACAUACUAAGAUCGGCCAGCAUCAUACGCUUGAUUUGGAGUUGAACCGCAAUUUCACGCUAGAGAAGCAAAUAGGCUCGGAUGGUGAGGGCGUGGGAUGGGAUAGUAUUGCGGUGCAGAUGCUCAAGGAUGCGGUGGAUGAGGGUGGAAAGAGACGGGCUGAGGCUGUGGCGGUUAUUAUGCAGGAGGGUGUGGCUCAUAUCUGUUUUAUCGGGCAGUUCCAGACCAUUAUGAAGCAGAAGGUGGAAAUGUCGGUCCCAAGGAAACGACACGGAGGUGGUGAUCAUGAUAAGGGAAUGGGCAAAUUCUACCAAGUCACACUGGACACUCUUCUUCGCCAACUCGAAUUCAACACCAGCUCGACAUCGUUAACCAGCAACGAAGCCGUCCGGCCCGUCCUACUAGCUUCGCCUGGAUUCGUUGCAUCCGGCUUCCAGAAACACAUUCAAUCCGUCGCAUCAACCACCACGCCCGCACUGAAGCGCCUUCUCCCCAGCAUCGUCGUUGUCCACUCUGCCUCGGGGUAUCUGCACUCUUUGGCAGAGGUUCUACAGUCGCCUUCCGUGAAAUCCAUCCUAGCCGACACCAAAUACGCACGCGAGACCAAGCUCAUGGACGAUUUCCUCGAGCAGCUCCGAAAAGAAACCAACAAGGCCACAUACGGGCCGCGGGAGGUGGAGUCAGCCGUCGACCAAGGCGCCGUUGGCCGCGGCGGUGGUGUGCUGAUUAUUUCGAAUCGUCUGUUCCGGUCCCAGGAGGUAGCUGAGCGGAAACGGUGGGUAUCACUCGUGGACCGUGUUCGGGACGUCGAGGGCGGCGAGGUUCGAGUCCUCAGCUCGGAUCACGAGAGUGGAAGACGUCUCGAUAGUCUGGGGGGUAUUGCGGCACUCUGCACAUUUCCUAUUAUGGAGGAAGAGAUGGAUUCUGAGGAGGAUUAACCUGGGCGAAUGGUUGGUCUGAUCUUUGGCAUUAGCGGUUAUGUAUGUUUUGAUUGAUGUGAUGUGGAAUAUAUGAUGAUGACAUUUAGAAUUAUAUUAUGCAAAAGACUACUAUAUUCUUGAAUGAGAAUACCAAACUAACCAACUACUGCAAGUAUUCCUACUGCAGGACCUGAAUAUACUUGAGCUGCAAACAAAGCUAAUAGCAAACUCUCGUUCCUCUCCCC